GAUUAAACAGUUGGAACUGAUGCCAGCAGCCCAGUGUCAACACUAGAGCCAGGCAAACACUGCCUGCAGUGCCAUACUCAGAGAGCUUGAAGACUUCAUUUUCAGCUAGAGACUCCUUCUCCCCCAGAACCACAGAAGCAAGCGUCCUUCCAGGAUGAUUUUAUUCAGCCAAGUGGGUUAUUUCAUAUCCUUAUUUGCUACAGUUUCCUGUGGGUGUCUGACUCAACUGUAUAAAAAUACCUUCUUCAGAGGAGGGGAUAUAGCUGCCAUCUAUGCCCCAGAUGCCCAGUACUGUCAGAAGAUGUGCACAUUUCACCCCAGGUGCUUGAUGUUUAGCUUUCUCUCAGUGAGUCCAACCCGUGGUCCAGAUAAGAGAUUUGGGUGCUUCAUGAAAGACGGCAUUACAGGAACCUUGCCAAGAUUACAUCGGAUGGGUGUCAUUUCUGGUCAUUCUUUAAAGCAGUGUGGCCAUGAAAUAAGUGCCUGCCACCAAGACGUAUACGAAGGACUUGAUAUGAGAGGGUCUAACUUUAAUAUAUCCAAGGCCAACAGUGUUGAAGAAUGCCAGAAAUUGUGCACAAAUAAUAUUCACUGCCAAUUCUUCACAUAUGCUACAAAUGCAUUUCAUAGGCCAGAACACAGGAACAGCUGCCUGCUGAAGCACAGUUCGAGUGGAACGCCCACCAGUAUAAAGACGCUGGACAACCUGGUAUCUGGAUUCUCACUGAAGUCCUGUGCGCUUUCAGAGAUCGGUUGCCCCAUGGAUAUUUUCCAGCACUUUGCCUUUGCGGGCCUGGAUGUGGGCCAGGCCGUCACCCCCGAUGCCUUUGUGUGUCGCACCAUCUGCACCUUCCAUCCCAGUUGCCUUUUCUUCACAUUCUAUACGAACAACUGGAAGACAGAAUCACAGAGAAAUGUUUGUUUCCUUAAGACGUCUAAAAGUGGGACACCGAGUCCUUCUGUUCCUCAAGACAACGCUGUAUCUGGAUUCAGUCUCUCUACCUGCAGAAAAGCUCGCCUGGAGCCCUGUCAUUCCAAAAUUUACUCUGGACUUGACUUUGGAGGGGAAGAACUGAAUGUGACCUUCGUGCAAGGAGCAGGCGUGUGCCAAGAGACAUGUACAGAGAUGAUCCGCUGUCAGUUCUUUACUUAUUCCUUACUUCCCCAAGACUGCAAGGUAGAGGGGUGUAAAUGUUCCUUAAGGUUGUCCACGGAUGGCUCACCAACUAGGAUCACCUACGGGGCAAAGGGGAGCUCUGGUUAUUCUUUGAGGUUGUGCAAAGUCGUGGAGAGCUCUGUCUGCACAACAAAAAUAAAUGCACGUAUUGUGGGAGGAGCAAAUUCUUCUUUAGGGGAGUGGCCAUGGCAGGUCAGCCUGCAAGUGAAGAUGAUAACGCAGAAUCACGUGUGUGGAGGGACCAUCAUUGGACACCAAUGGAUUUUGACAGCUGCCCACUGCUUUGAUGAGAUUCCCUAUCCAGAUGUGUGGCUUAUAUAUGGCGGGAUUCUUAGUCUCUCAGAGAUUACAAAAGAAACGCCCUUCUCAACAAUAGAGGAACUUAUCAUUCAUCCGAAAUACAAAAUCUCUGAAGGCAAUUACGAUAUCGCCUUAAUGAAGCUUCAGGCACCCUUGAACUAUACAGAAUUCCAAAAACCAAUAUGCCUGCCUUCCAAAGCUGACACAAAUACAAUUUAUACCAACUGCUGGGUGACUGGAUGGGGCUACACGAAGGAAAGAGGUGAAAUCCAAAAUACUCUUCAAAAAGCAACUGUUCCUUUGGUACCAAAUGAAGAAUGCCAGAAAAAAUACAGAAAUUAUGUCAUAACCAAGCAGGUGAUCUGUGCUGGCUACAAAGAAGGCGGGACAGAUGCUUGUAAGGGAGAUUCCGGUGGCCCCUUAGUUUGUAAACACAAUGGAAGGUGGCAGUUGGUAGGUAUCACCAGUUGGGGCGAAGGCUGUGCCCGCAGGGAUCAACCAGGAGUCUACACUAAAGUUGCUGAGUACAUGGACUGGAUAUUGGAGAAGACACAGAGCACUGAUGGAAGAGCUCUGGAGACGCUCCCAGCAUGAGGAAGCUGGGCA